CAGAUUAAAAAAUAGUAUUUGUAUUUUAGUUUUAAAAAAAUAAAAAUAAUUCAAACAAAAAACGAUCUUUUGCUUAUUUAUUUAUUUAUUUAUUUUUGGGCUUGCAAUAAUCACAUAGUUAAUUCUCUCCCGCGUAUGAUAAUAUCCUCCCCCUUUUAAAAGCCAAACGCCAACAAAUUCAACCUCUACCGAAGCUUCUACCGAAAAACUCUCCAUUUUUUUAAACCUCUCAAAACCUCCACCUUUUUCUCUAAAUUUAAACUCCCAUCCUCCUCCGACCAAAAUCCCUAAAUUCCGAACCCCCUUUCUCUCUCUAUAUCUCUGUCUCUCUCUCUCUCUCUCUUUCAACCAAUCAAAACCCAAAAACCCUGACCGACCCUACACCCGGUUCGGUCUCUCCCCGGCAUCCCACGAUGCCAGAGAUCGAACAGCAGCAGCAGCAGCCCCCGCAGGGGACUCCGCCACCGCCGCGCAUCCCUGACAAUGCCCUGUUCGGGAAAUACGAGCUGGGCAAGCUCCUCGGCUGCGGCGCCUUCGCCAAAGUCUACCACGCGCGCAAUGUCCGCACUGGCCAGAGCGUCGCCGUCAAGGUCAUCAACAAGAAGAAGCUUUCCGGCACCAGCCUCAUGUCCAACAUCAAACGCGAGAUCACUAUCAUGCGCCGCCUCCGCCACCCCAACAUCGUCAAGCUCUACGAGGUCCUCGCCUCCAAGACCAAGAUCUACUUCGUCAUGGAGUUCGUCAAGGGCGGCGAGCUCUUCGCUAAGGUCUCAAAAGGCCGAUUCUCAGAGAAUCUCAGCCGUAAAUACUUCCAGCAGCUCAUCUCCGCCGUCGGUUACUGCCAUUCCCGCGGGAUCUACCACCGCGAUUUGAAGCCCGAGAAUUUGCUCGUCGACGAGAACGGGAAUUUGAAGGUUUCGGAUUUCGGGCUCAGCGCCGUGACGGACCAGAUCCGACCCGACGGGCUCCUCCACACGCUUUGCGGGACCCCCGCUUACGUGGCGCCGGAGAUUUUGACGAAGAAAGGCUACGAUGGAGCGAAGGUGGAUGUGUGGUCAUGCGGCGUCAUACUCUAUGUGCUCAACGCUGGGUAUCUGCCGUUCAACGACCCGAAUCUGAUGGCGAUGUACAAGAAGAUUUACAAAGGCGAGUUCCGGUGCCCGAAAUGGAUGUCGUCGGAUCGGAAGCGGUUCUUGGGCCGCCUCAUGGAUACGAACCCGGCGACCCGGAUCACGGUCGACGAGAUCUUGAAGGACCCAUGGUUCAGAAAAGGCGGGUACAAGGAGAUCAAGUUCUACGACGAAGAUUGCUCCAUGGACAACAGCAAAAUUGGAGGAGGCGAUGAGGACCAGAAGGUCGUCACGAGCCUGAACGCGUUCGAUUUGAUAUCGUUCUCGGCCGGACUGGACCUGUCCGGGCUGUUCGACGACCAUUCGUACGGCGAGCGUUUCGUGUUGGAGGAGACGGUGGAGAAAGUGGUCGAGAGAGCGGAGGCGUUCGCGAAGGCCGAGGAAUUGAGGGUGAGGAGGAAGAAAAAGUGGGGGUUGGAGAUGGAGGGGCAGAAUGGUAAUUUGGCAAUUGGGGUCGAGGUUUACAGAUUGACUGAGAACCUCGUGGUGGUAGAGGCCAGGAGGACAGGUGGCGACGCUGGACCUUACAGGGAGAUGUGGAAGAACAAGCUCAGGCCUCAUCUGAUGUGCCCAGAUGAUCACGAGAUAUCACCACCAUUACCAACUCCUUCUUCUUCCUCUGCCGCUUCUUCGUCCUCGUCGCUUGCCCAGACGAUUGACUGAACGUCGGUGACCCCAAACGACGGGUCGUUUUUUGGAUGUAAAUAAAUAAUUAAUUCCAUGGAAAUGGGUUGGUUACAACUUACGGACCAAAAAAAAAACAAAAGAAUUAUGGUGGUGAUGUGUUGUCGUGCUCGCGUUUGUUUGUACGGGGAGGGAUUAAUAAAAGAGAUUACUAGACGAUUUUGUAAUCUGGGAUAUAUAUGGGAUUAGAUCAAAAGAUUAUAAUAGUCAGUUCAUAGACAAUCGUACAAGAUGUUGUACAGAAGACUGUGUAAGUGAUGAGGAGGGCAACACCAACAGAGAAUGAAGGGUUAGAUUUAACUCUAAUCUUA